AUGGGCGGCGCGAAGAAGCGCCAGAAGCCGGCUGCGGGCCUCCGCGGGGCGCCCGCGCGUGGGCCUGUUCACCGCCUGCGUUUGGUCUUCGAGAAAUGCAUUGUGACUGCAAUGCUCAGGGAGAGGAAGCUGCAUCGCGCGCUGUAUCUGUUACGGCCAGAGAUCAGGACAAUUGCCGAUUUGGCCAGACAGGUCUGCCACGACUUUACCCUAGGAUGCUCUGUGGAGCAGCUGCAUUUCUCGGUUGAAGGAUUCACAGUGCCUUUCAAGAGCCCAGUUCGAAUUCUGAUGCCUAAUGAAUUGGUCGAUGUGGGGCUUCUUGAGGUGAAACGAGCCUCCUCCCCAGUAGGGUAUAUCCAACGAACUAAAAAGGUUUCCAACCCCACAGCACUCCACAGUGCACAGCAGGUCCCUAAACUGCAGUCCAAGUGCCAAGAAGAAGUCCAGCUUACAGGCAGAAAGAGAAAGCACCAGGCGCCCACAGUGGCUGGUGGAGAUGUUGCACCACCAAACAAAAAGCUCGCUGGUCGUGAAGGCAGAUCUUUGGCUGCGCCUCAGAAGGAAUGUAGUGAGAGGGCAGCUGUGGCCAAGGGGACGACAGCACCCAAAAAGUUGCAACAGGCCCAUGUGCGUUUUGAUAGCAGCCAUACGAGCAGCUCCUCGGACCAGCAGUCAAGCGAUGAUACCAGCGAUGACACGACUUCAGCUGAUUCGUCGUCAGAGGCAUCCAGCACUGGGUCAUCAGACAGUUCUUCGGAGGUCGGUAACUCCUCCACAACAACCGAGGAGACAACUUCAUCCUCUGAAAGCGACGAGUCAAGCAGCGGAUCAACAGACAGUAAUGCAGCUGGUGAAGAGAAGUGCAGCGACGACGGAAAAGUUCAUCACAAGGAGGCACACACAAACCACCAUCUCAAUGAAAUGGACGAUUGGCAGCGAACCACAGAUACCCUACCAGUUCUUGAUCGAGAGCCUGCUAUUGGAGAUGUGGUGGCAUACAGGAUCCUUGAAGUUGGGCAAGACUGGCAGCCACGGGUGUCAGCUUUCCGCCGUGGCAAGGUGACGUCUUACGAUGCUGAACAGGGCUGGACGGUGCUCUCUCCAUGGCCUGAUGUCAGCAUUCACCCUGACCCAAACGUGCAAGAACAACAUGACAAGCUACAGGCUUGUGGUUCCAGCGAUGCAGACAAUGAAGAUGAUGGCCCAGGCCUCUUGCCACCACAAUCGGAGUAUGCUGAUGAUGGGACGUUGACGAGAAAACGCCUGGACUUUGUUGAGAUCCGCCUUGUUGAAGCGUCCAAGGCACUUGCAUCUGGGCAGUACGCAGCACACAGUGGGAAUGGCCCACCAGUUCAAAGAUCUUCCCAAGAUCCAGGCAUGGAAAGCAGUGGAGGGCAGCCGAAUGGGGCUGUCUCACAUUGCAUAGCCCAACACACGCCCCAGACAAGGGGUGAAGGAGGCAGGAAGCGACGUCGCAGAGGACCCAAUCACUCCAAACAGUCCAGCCUGUCGCCUGGUCAAGUGGCUUCUACUGAAAAUGGAUGUGGGAAGAAUGCAAGUCCAGCAGUGCUAACGGAGAGUACCCUGGCACAGCUUGCGGAAGAGCUUCAUGCUCGGAAAUCUGAGCUGAUGAAGACUGCCCGCCAAAGCGGUGCUAAUGGCCAAGCCAAUGGCAGUCAGAACCCGGGAGAUGGCGAAGGGCGCAGCAAGCAGGUGAUGCCUCGCCCGCACGGUUGGCGAUCCUCGGCGGUUGGGCCACUGUGGGCGUACCUCCAGUCUACGAGGCCACAAGACUAA